UUGUUAUACUUGGAGAAAAGCUAUAAAACAAAUGAUCUUAUUCGUUCUUCUGAGAAGUCUUCGAACGCUGAGCAACUAAACGCGAGUCAAGAAUUAUUUAACAUCGUUGUGAAGCUUCUCCAUGCACGCGAAGCUAUCUACAAACCUCAAGUUCUUUAACGCGUGUAUAAAUUAUGGGGAUUUGUGGCGUGCCCGGCAACUGCUUGAUAAUAUUCCUGACCCAGAUUUGCGGUCGUGGACGGUACUGAUUUCUGCUUACACUAAAUGGGGUCGUCCGAGAGAAGCAAUAGGAGUCUACGAUGAACUUCGAAGCCGGAAUGUUGAUCCUGAUCAGUUGGCGUUAUUGUCUGUUGCCAAGGCUUGUGCUUCGGCAAGGGACCUAAGAAAGGCAAAAGAGAUUUAUGAAGAUGUUGUUAGUUUGGGGUUUCAGUCUGAGCUGGUGGUUGGGAAUGCGUUGAUUGAUAUGUUUGGGAAGUGCAAAUACUCUGAAGGGGCAAGAAAGGUUUUUGAUGAUUUAAGGGUGAAGGAUGUCAUUUCUUGGACUUGUAUGUGUUCUUGCUAUGUGAAAUGUAGGCUUCCCAGAGAGGCUAUCCAGGUUUUUUAUGGGAUGGUGUUGGGUGGGGUAAGGCCAAACUCAGUGACAUUGUCAUCUGUUCUUCCAGCCUGUUCAGAUUUGAAGUAUUUGCGUUUGGGCAGAGAGAUUCAUGGACAUGUUAUCAGGAAUGGAAUGGAAGAUAAUGUGUUUGUAAGCAGUGCACUUGUUGACAUGUAUGCUAGUUGUUCAAGCAUCAAGAAAGCAGAAUUGGUAUUCCUCAACAUGCCCAGCCCCAGGCGUGAUGUUGUGCUAUGGAAUGUAGUCCUGUCAGCUUACUUCUCACAUGGGGAAUGUGAGAAGGCUCUUAGUAUGUUUGAUCAUAUGAGAAAUGAACUUGUGAAGCUGAAUCAUGAUUCCUGGAAUGCUGUUAUUGGCGGGUGUGCACAAAGUGGUCGAACAGAACAAGCGCUUGCAUUACUUGCUGAAAUGCAGCACUCUGGGACCAAACCGAAUUUAAUCACCAUUAACAGCAUCUUGCCUGCUUGUACACAUCUAGAAAGCCUGAGAGCAGGAAAGGAGAUUCAUGGUUUUGUGUUUCGACAUGGGUUUUCAAUGGACAUCACUGUUGCCACUGCUCUGCUAUUCUUGUAUGCAAAAUGUGGCGUUUUGGAACUGUCAAGCAGAGUUUUCAACUUGAUACCAAGAAAGGACACUAUUGCUUGGAACACAAUGAUUUUUGCAAACUCAAUGCAUGGAAAUGGAGAGGAAACCUUGUUUCUUUUCAAUGAAAUGCUAAGCUCUGGGCUACAGCCAAACGCCAUGACUUUUACAGCUGUACUAUCUGGUUGUAGCCACUCACAGUUAGUUGAUGAAGGUUUGAUGAUCUUUCAUCUAAUGACCAAGGAUCAUGGAGUUCAACCUGAAGCAGAACACUAUUCAUGUGUGGUUGAUGUUCUAAGCCGUGCAGGUCGUCUGGAAGAGGCAUAUCGCUUCAUCCAAGAGAUGCCUAUAGAACCAAGUGCAAGUGCCUGGGGAGCAUUACUUGCUGCAUGCAAGGUGUAUAAUAAUGUUGAUUUGGGGCGAAUUGCUGCAAAUCAACUCUUUGACGUUGAACCGCAAAACCCUGGAAACUAUGUUAUGUUAUCAAACAUCUUUGAAGCUUCCAAGCUACGGGAAGAAGCAUCAAAAACCAGGGAACUGAUGAGAGCUAGAGGAAUUACAAAAUUGCCAGGGUGUAGUUGGCUUCAAGUGAAAAAUAAGACUUACUCGUUCGUUGCUGGUGAUAAAAGCAAUGCCCAGAGUGAUGAAAUUUACAAUUUUUUGGACGAAAUUUGUGAGGAGAUGAGAGUGGCAGGGCAGUUACCAAAUACUGAUUUUGUACUUCAAGAUCUUGAUACAGAGGAGAAGGAAUACAGUCUAUGCAAUCACAGUGAGAAGCUUGCUGUUGCUUUUGGGAUUCUCAAUUUGAAUGGUGCAUCAACUCUUACUGUCUUUAAGAACUUGAGAAUAUGUGGGGACUGCCAUAAUGUUAUCAAAUUUAUAGCAAAAACUGUUGGGGUGCGAAUCAUUGUGCGAGAUUCCUUAAGGUUUCAUCACUUUAAGGAUGGCUUGUGUUCCUGCAAGGAUUUCUGGUGAAGCGAUACAGCUACCCAGUGUAAUGCAACCUUUUGAGGUAUAUUCUCUUUCAUUUUGUUCAGGUGAAAAUCAUAAAGAAAAUUUCCUUUAAAUUACAGUUAUUACUCCCUUUCUCAUUCUUCAUCACCACUUGGUUCACAUGCAUUAUUUAGAGCACCUUUUAAGACUGUCUGGAUAGUAACCUGAUUUAUAUGGGAAGCUAUUGAAAAACCAUAAUGCAAAAGAAUAAUUUUAUCAAUGUUAUAUUAAGUGUUAUUUCAAUUUGGAAGUAAAAGUUUCUUGUGGGUUCUCGCCAUCACAC